AUGGUAAUAGUCAUACCAAGCGAAGCUGCUUUUAACAAAUUUCGAAAAUUCAAUCCUACCCGUUUCCAUAAUUUUAAAUGGAAAAGAGAAGUGAAUUCGCCUUUUGUUGAAACAGUUUCUUGUUUCUCAGUCAAAGGGUUCAAGGCGUUCGGUUUAAAAAUAUUAUCCUACAUGUUGAACAGGCAUGGGCCUGCUUACACUUUGGAGCUCGAGUGGAAUGGAGGGGAGAUUUACAAAGGUUUGAAAACCAAAAUUGAUCUGUCUUUGGCAGUGAAGAUUAAUUCUCAUUCUUCAACAAUGGCAGUAGAUUUUGAAUCUGGAGCUUGUAAAGUCGUGAAAGUGGAUAUAGAAUGUAUAGACUUUCACCGUCGAAGUUUUUCAAAGAACAUAAAACUGGAGUUCCCGAGGAUUUUAGCAUAA